AUGGCUGUUGCACGACCGGUGAGAUUUCUCGGAGUAGGAUGCGUGGUCCUCGCCUUCUUCCUCAUUUUCCAGUACUUGCGACCAACAUCCACCAUAUUGCCGCCCCAUGUCGUUGUUGGCAAUGGAGAAAAGAUUGAUUCCAUGGAGCGAGACCCGCUCUUAGAUCCUAUCGGCGAACCUGAAGGUCUGCUAUGGCGACACACAGACCACGACUAUAAACCCGACACCGUUAAUUCCGCCCGUAUCAAUGCCACCCUCCUCUCCCUCGUCCGUAACGAAGAACUUGACGACCUCCUCCCCACCAUGAAGCAACUAGAAGCUACGUGGAACCACAAAUUUAACUACCCGUGGACAUUUUUUAACGAUGUGCCUUUUACCGAUGCUUUUAAGAAGGCAACACAAGAAGUCACCAAAGCAAAAUGUGAAUACCAUCUCAUCCCCUCAGAGCACUGGGACAUGCCGUCGUGGGUUAGUCAGGAACUAUAUGAUGAAUCCGCCAGGAUCCUGAAAGAAAACAAUGUUCAAUACGCAGGCAAGGUUAGCUAUCACAAGAUGUGCCGAUGGAAUAGUGGCAUGUUCUACCGCCAUCCGGCUCUCCAGCAUAUGAAAUACUACUGGCGGGUGGAACCAAAAGUCAAGUUCUUCUGUGACGUGGACUACGACGUUUUCCGGUACAUGCAGGACCAGAACAAAACCUACGGGUUUAACAUCAAUUUAUUCGAUUCACCUGAAUCGAUCCCUUCCCUAUGGCCAGAGACGAUUAAAUUCUUGGCCGCUCACCCAGAAUACCUCCACAAGAAUAAUGCCAUGGCCUGGUUGGUGGAUAACCAGCGACGACCAGAUAACAAUAUCAAGGCGCAUGGUUAUAGUACGUGCCAUUUCUGGUCAAACUUCGAGAUAGCCGACCUGUCCUUCUGGCGUGGUCAAGCAUACGAGGACUAUUUCACGCAUCUUGAUCGAACGGGUGGAUUCUUCUAUGAACGCUGGGGUGAUGCUCCUGUUCACAGCAUUGCUCUGGGUCUAUUUGAAGAUGCGAGCAAGAUCCACUGGUUUAAAGACAUCGGAUACAACCAUAUUCCGUUCUAUAACUGCCCGAAUUCCCCAAAGUGCAAAGGGUGUGAUCCCGGGCAAUUUUAUGGCGGAGAGCCGUGGCUGCAACGAGAAGACUGUCGGCCUCUUUGGUUCAAGUACGUGGGAACUGGUUGA